AGAAGCAGAGAGAGCGAGGUUGAUGAAGGCAGGCUACGACGUGUCGUUGAUUGAGCGUUGGCCGUCGCUAACGCCGUUUGUGAACGGCGGACUCGCUGCGUAUCUUCAAGGGUUGUCCAUUUAUGUCCCUUUCGCCGCCGUCUACUACUCCCCGCUGUUAUCUCACGUCCGCCGUAGUCCCAAAUUUCUGGGCUUUAACGUUCUUGCCAAGUCUUGCCCUGAUGGGAUUGUGAUUCGUACUUUGUCUGCAAGCCUUAAACUUGGAUUGUUUGAGACUCUAAGAAACAAAGCAACUGCUAGCAAUGAUGGAAUGUCAUUAACUCUUUAUCAGGAAGCUGCUUGCGGGUUGAUUGCCGGCGCGGCUGAGGCAUACUUCAGUUUUCCAUUCGUUUCUGCGUGUCUGCCGCAGGUUGAUCCGACAACCUUAGCAGUAGUGCAGCGUGCCAAAUACAGAAACCUUUGUGAUGCUUUGUACUCUAUGAGUGCCAAUGGAAAACUUCCGGAGCUAUGGAGAAAUGCUGGUCCGUAUGUGAAGACAAGAAUGGGGACAAAUGUGGGUAUGCUCGCAUCAUAUAAUCCAAGCCUCCAGUAUCUCAGGGACUCGUGUGGUUUAAGUGAAACAAGAGCACAGCUGGGUGCAAGUGCGGUUUCAGCCUUCUUUGGUGCAGCAUGCUCUGUACCAGUAAAAAAUGUUCUAGCACAUGGGGAAAGUGGCUCCUCCCUGGAUUGUGCCCUUAAAAUCCUAAAAUCAAGAGGAUCCCUUGCAUUCUUUUCAGGAUUUUCUAGACAAUUCGCACUUGUUGGACCUCCCAUCAUGAUUCUAUGGUUUGCUUAUGAAAAUGUUCGGAAACAUUAAUGAUAUUCAAAUUGGACUGGAGCAAUCUAAAUUCAAGAUAUGUUAUUAUGAAGUUGGUAUACCACAGAGGCACAGAUACUGGCCCCUUUUGGUCUCUGGCUUUGUCAAUGAACCUCGACUCUAGCCUCAAUAGCUAUAAAUGAUUAAAUGUAAUGAAGCUGUAAGUCAUCCGUUACAUGGGACUACAUUCUGACCUUGUUAAUAGGGAACUACAUUCUGACCUUGUUAAUAGGGACGAGGAACUGACAAGGCAAUGUAAAGGAGAAAAUCUU